CAGCAAAGCUUGUGUCGGAGUGUCGCUGGUGUAGUUGCGUUUAUUUCUGUGUUGAUUUAAAUAAUUUCUAAAGAUGGAAGAGGAAUUAAGAACUAAGAUAGAUCAAGCAUGUAGAACUGCUGAAGAGUUCACAAAACUGUAUUACGAAAGCUUAGAUAAACGGAGAUAUCUCAUGUCGAGAUUAUACAUGGACACUGCCAUUUUGAUAUGGAAUGGUAAUGGUAUUGAAGGAAAAGAUCAAAUACAGAACUUCUGGACGGAACUACCAUCUUCAGAUCAUUCUGUUAUUACUUUGGAUGCACAACCUAUUACUGGACCUGCUGUAGCUAGUCAAUUAACAUUUCUAGUGAAAGUUAGCGGCCAAGUAAGAUAUCAAGACAAGGCAUCAAAGACGUUUAACCAGAAUUUUUUAAUAACAGCACUGGGUGACAAAUGGAAAAUAGUAAGCGACUGCUUUAGGACACAAGAAGCUUUGGAAAGUUAAUACUUCAUUUCCUGUACAACAAAUGUAACUUAUGGAUAAACCUUUUUGGAAUUCUUAUCAAGGUUCCACAAAAGAAAUAUUUAAUAAGAGAUUCAUUUUUAUAGACACCUACAUAUUUUGUACGAUUUCAAGACAAAUAUAUUUAAUAAAUAAGAUGUAAGAUAUAUAUAA